GUAGUACACAAAUUGUGUGACGUAAAACGCAUGUUUCUGCUCGAGUCAAUUGUUGUUGUUUUAAAGGCGCUCAGUGAACUGAACAGGUACAGGAUGCUACGUCUGCGCUGCAAAGCCAAGAACGGGACCCAUCUGAUGCAGGGCCUUACACACCAAUCUUGUGUUCAGGAGCUUAAAGAUAAGAUUGAGGAGCUGACAGGAAUACCAUGUGAUGUUCAGAAGAUCAUGGUAGGUUAUCCACCAUCCAGCCUGGAUCUACGCAAUGGUGAAGCCCACCUGAAAGACUACCCUAUAAAAUCAGGAGACACGGAAGGGCCCAGUCUUGACCUGUCCCCGGUUCUAGAGCGCCACGUGGUCCCUGCCGACAACUCUUGUCUGUUUACCAGUGUGAACUACGUUAUGGAAGGAGGUGUUUACGACCCAGCCUGUGCGCCUGAAAUGCGCGGGCUCAUUGCACAGAUUGUAGCUAGUGACCCCACAGCGUACUCAGAGGCAGUAUUGGGCAAGACUAAUGAGGACUAUUGCACCUGGAUCCGUCGUGAUGACACCUGGGGAGGCGCCAUUGAGGUUUCAAUCCUCUCUAAGUUCUACCAGUGUGAGAUCUGCGUCGUUGACACUCAGACUGUGCGAGUCGACCGCUUCGGCGAGGAUGCGGGUUACACCAAACGAGUGCUGCUUAUUUAUGAUGGUAUUCAUUAUGACCCACUCCAGAAGGUGGUGCUAAAUUCAGAUGUUCCCGCACAGACUGUUUUCUCUACUACCGAUGAUGUAAUUUUGGCCCAAGCUCUGGAGCUCGCGGAUGAGGCGCGGAGGAAGCGUCAGUAUACGGACGUCAACCGCUUCACUCUGCGCUGCAUGGUGUGCCAAACUGGCCUGGUGGGGCAGAAGGAAGCAAGAGAGCAUGCCAAGGAGACCGGCCACACCAACUUUGGGGAGGUGUGAUGCUCUUGGCUCUGUUUUUGAAAUCCCCCCCCCCCCCCCCCUACCUUUACCACUGCCACACCACCUGACAUGGUACCCGCUCUUUCACUGCUGCCUGUUCCGGCUUGGUACAGUCCUCUACCUCACGUCGUCUAGCAUCUUCAGAAGACUUUCACUUGUCGAGUUCUCAAAUUAUUCAGUAUUCUUUUAACUCUGCUUUACUCUUGAGGUUGAAGUGUUAAAUAUGCUUGUGUUUUUAGUCCGUUAGCCAGAAAUGAUAACAAAGCUGUAUCUUCAAACCAAAUUUUAAAGGGAUUAUCCACUGACUACUUGUUUGUUAUAAUGAUUAUAAUACUAGUAUUAGGGUGAAUUUCGCAAAACACAUCCAGGUCAUAUUUCACUGCAAAAUCAAAGAAGAAAGUAAAAAUAAUUGUGUGUGAAAUCACAAUUCAAAUAUAAUUACUAUAAUAUAUUAUAAAUAUUAAUUUAACAAAAAACAAAACAGAAUAUAUAUAUAUCUCAUCAUCAUGACAAUUAGGCUCAUUUCUACCCAAAAUUCUAGUUUAAUAUUAGUAAUAUAUUAUGAUAUUAUAAAUUAUGAAGUAUUUAUACAUUGCAGUAUUGAUGGUAGGCUGCUUAGGAUGUAUGCUUAUUAAUUUUAUUAUAGUAAUUUUAACUGUAAAAUUAGCUAUUAUAUUACUUUUAAUAAUUUAGUAUGAAAAUGUCAUGAAAAUAAAAAAUCUUAAUGCUCUUAAAAUCCUUUUGUUUAUGCUAAAUAUAAUAUCUUUUUCUUUUAGUUUCGCAAUUAAAUGUGACCUAGACAUGUUUUGGUCACGUGAGAUUCACCCAUAACCUCAUGUAAACACUUUUCUGUUGCCUGCAGCUCAAAGAUGUGUGAGUAACAACUGUUUGACAAUGCUAGAUAAACCCUUGGUGUAUUACCUAACAAAUAAUGAAACUUUUAAUGAGUGAUCGCAUAAGGCAUACUUAUUGUUCAUUUUGUUUUUAACAAAUUAAUCAUAAAUGUUAAUCUUUUCACACAUAAAGUGCUUCUGUGGCCAGAGUAGUAUUGAAAAAAAAAAAACACCAGUGGAGCACAGCUAAAAACAUGCCUUUCAUUAACUCUAAUUUAAUCAUGGAAUUACUGUAUUUAUUAUAUUAUCUGUCUUUUUAAGGUCAUACGCACAGCUUCUGAACAAUCGAUGGCACUACAUGAAGUCUUAAGUUCACUGGCUCCAUUGUUACUGUUACUUGAAAUAGUCACAUAGAUCAAGUGUCGACUCUGAAUACUCUACUCAAAGCAGUUUUUACACAUUUUUCAGUAAGCUAGCCAGGAAGAAAGCGUGGGUUUUAAGUUGAAGUGGACAACAAUGGUGCUGAUAGUAGAAUCUCACUGAACUACUUUGUGAAUCUAGAUUUUGUUUUUCUUUUAAGGGCACUUGUGUAAUUUCUGCAAAUGUCCACACAAGAUUGUUUUAUGCAAAAUGUGUUUAUUCUCUCUCAAGUGACCAUGACAUAUUGUUAGGAAGAGUGAUUGUAGUGACAUUCAUUUGAAAUUUUAAGUGAUGAAAUACUGAACUUUUUCCUGUGUACAGGGCCGAUUUGUGAGGUUUAGUGUAGCAAAGUAUCACAGUAUUAAAGUGUGGAUGAAAUUUAGAGAGAACACAUCUUGUAAGGCCUGAUGAUGAUGUACAUUCUCAGUAUUUUUCAGUCAGGUAAUAUCCACACUGUUGUUUACUUGUUUGCAGCCUUUUUAUUUUGAAGAAAUGGUGCCAUUGUAAGUCCAAAGGACUUUUUUUUAUUUUGCAGUGAUUUUUCUAAAUGGCCGUGAUCAGUGUUUUAUCUACACUAAGGUAACUUUGAGUGAGAAACUGCAUGGACAGCACUCAUUGCUGCAAAAUCACUGGUUACACUGGGUAAUGAUAAAUAAACUUGAAUUGAGAUAUAAA